UUGCAACUUGUUGGUUUUUUUAGAUCUUCACACUCUUGAUUGCUUGCCAUUUGACUUAUAAUGGUGAUUUCAGAUCAUGGGAUUCAAAUUUGAAGAUCACAUAGAGUCAAUAUUUACAUGGAAGCUUGAUAGCCGAGUCGAAGAGAAAGUAAAAGACACAUGUCUGUACAAGUAUGUGUCUAAUCUUCGUAAUAUCUGGUUACCAUCAAGGCACAUGAAAGAUCAGAUAAACAGCUAUGAUGCUACAGACAAAUCCUUCUCCAUAAAUGGGAAAAAAAUUUACUUGGGUCUUGAAGAUGUUUUCUUCAUAACCGGUCUUCCUAUUAAAGGGCGCCCGGUCACUGUUGAUGAGUCGCUGCUUAAGGAUGAGUUUGAAGAGUAUUUUGGUUUGCCAACUUCUAAAGGAACCACUUUUUCUGUUCCACUGCUGAAAGAAUUUGAAAGUUUGCCGGAGAUCGCCAGUGAUGAUAGGAUCACCAAAAGCACACGAGCCUACCUGCUAUAUAUAUUAGGUUGUGUGAUAUUUCCUUCAUCAUGGCGUAAAUUUGAGCUACCGUAUGCCUUUUUGCACUUUGUCAAGAAUGUGGAAGAUGUGGACAAGUAUGCAUGGGGGGCUGCUGUUUUAGCAAACACACACAAUGCACUUAAGAGAAAGACCCAAAGUUUGUUAGGUGCAAACGGCCUUCUCCUCUCGAUCUUCAUGAUGGUGCACAUCCCGAGUAUCGUGAUGUGUUUUCCUAAUCCAAAUUCAUGGCCCCUCUGUUUGGAUUAUUGGAACUGUAAUAAUCGUUCAGCGUUCGCUAAAUAAAAAGCUCAUAUAGUGCUAAAUGUUCAAUUAAAUAAAUAAAUUUACAAAUACUUUUUUUUGUAAAUCAUCUUUGUUAGAAUUAAAAUAAAUUCAUUUUUCUUA